AUGGACUCUCUGGUUUGGGCCUUGAACUCCAAGAAGCAAUAUGAUGUGACAUCUGGAUAUGUGGUUGCGUAUGACUUUGCGCAUGAGCUGAUCAAUCAACUACCUGCAAUCAUCCAAAAUUCAAGAAGCUGGAGAAAAAUUUGGGGCUUACAGUUAUCAACAAAGAUAAAAAUCUUUUUGUGGAGAGCUGUGCAUGAAAGUUUACCUGUACUGAGCCUCAUCUACCAGUGUUUCCAGUCGACUCCACCUUUGUGUCCCAGAUGUAGAUUAUCCCCGAAAAUCAUCAUCCACUGUCUUCGAUGCUGUGGCCCUACUCAAGAGGUAUGGGGAGCAGUUGAUUUGAAGAUGGUGCCAUCAUUGCAAAGUGUUUUCCCCUUUGUGGAGUGGUGGACCCAUAUACUAUUAGGUGCUGGAAGUGGGAGAGAAGGUGACGAUGCUCUCAGUAUCUUCACGGCUCUUUGUUGGGCAUUGUGGAAUGCAUGUAAUAAAGAAGUGUUUGAAAACGAGAAGACCCCUGUCCAACAGAUCUCGAACUCAGUAAGAAAGAUUUAUCAGGAGAUGAAUAGAAGACAAGUUUUCUAA